CCCCCGUUUCCUUUCUGCAUCUUCCACCUCUCGCUUUCAUCCAGACAGCCCUUGCUUUCUGGCUUCAACUUCCCGCCACCCAUCCUUUAGUUAAAGCUCAGCCUUGCAACCUCCCAUCGCGGUCGCUUACAGGCGCCUAUACUGUCAAUUGCUCAUACCCUUAGCAUAGCUCCUGGUCACCUCCCUGCAAGGCGCCAUGGCGAAGAAGACACACGACCCAGAGUCUGCGACGACCCAAGUCAAUAUUGCUGAUUUCCAGCGAACUCGAGAUUCGGUCAUUGUUGCCCUUGCAACACUCCAAUCCUCCGUCCAAGACCUCUCGCGCGCCUACAUUCAACAUGCCAACACUGUCCUUACGCCUGGCAAACAUGGCCUGAACCCCAUUGACGCCAACCUCACCAGCAUCCUUACCGAAUCUGGUCUCUUGAGUGCUCGCCCCGCCGAAGCUACUCCGGCUGCUGCACCCGAACCAGAGGUCGAUGGGAAGAAGAAGCGCAAGAGGACACCACAUGAUCCCAACGCACCAAAGCGUGCUCUCACCCCGUACUUCCUUUACAUGCAAAGUGCUCGUGCCACCAUUGCCAAGGAAUUGGGCGACUCAGCGAAGCCGAAGGAAGUUGCAGAUGAGGGAACCCGCAGAUGGACCGAGAUGAGCCCUGCUGAGAAGAGCAUUUGGGAUGACAAGUACCAGAAGAACUUGGCGGCGUACCGCGUCAAGAUGGCCGCCUACAAAGCUGGUCAACCCGUCCCUGACGACGAAACCGCAGCGCGCCUGGUGGAGAUGGGUAAAGCCCCCGAGCACAUCGCUGGUCUGGACGCUGAAGCAGAAACGGAAGAUGAGCCAGUCGAGGACGAGGAAGACGAGGAAGACGCUCCCGCUCCCGCUCCCGAACCCACACCGCCCAAGUCCAAGAGACGCAAGACCAAAGAGGCCGAACCUACUCCUAGCAAAGCCACUCCCAAGGCCGAGGCCAAGUCUCCAGAGAAGGACAGGAAGUCGAAGAAGAGCAGGAGGGAAGCUGCUCCUGCAGCUGCUCCUCCCUCAACCAAGGUCGAGAAGUCCAAAAAAUCUAAGAAAUGAAUGCACUCCAACGAUCCUGGUGGGAAAUGACGGUUGUGUAUGUGGGUCGUGCACAUGAUCAUUCGUUACGGGUUUCGAUUUUCGGUCUGGGGAAUCUUUGAAUGCAGGAACUCAACUCUCGCUGCCAUGAGGUUGUUCUUCUGUCACGGAAUGUUCAUAAUGAAAGGCGGUACCUGUUUGGCGCAGUGCAGAAAUAGUGUUGAGCGCCAUCCAAGGGGCCAAGUAACUAGUCUAGUCACCGCCGUCAAUGUUGAAAUGUCUCUUGAA